AACGGUAUGAAUAUUUUGAAAAUUGCAAUGCUGGUGUUUCGAUUUGGUAGCCAUAAUCGAUUUGUUCGCAAAAUAUCGAUAUGCGCCUGCACAUGUAUUUCCAAAAAACCAAAAUAUUGCGGCAAGAGUGUAAUGUGUUGCAUAGCGUACAAUGUGUUUAGAUGUGACUAAAUAUUUUUGCUACUGUUAAGUAAUAUAGGAUGGAGAGUAGCGUACACAUUCGGAAAGGAAAGCGUGAAAGAGAGAUCUCAAGUGAAAAAUACAGCAGAGAGUACCGGAAAAGAGAGUCUGAAGGCGAAUGUUCACGGCCUGCAGAAGGACACAAAAGAGUGAUUUCGAGAGACAAGUCUAAACUAGCGGAAGCUGAACGAUGGUCUCCAUAUGCUUGGAAAUUCUACAACCCACUGGCUGUCGGCAGCAUAGAUGGCACAGACACGGAACCACACGACCGGGGCAUUGCACGUGCCAUGGAGGCUGAGUACCACCCCAAUGCUCGGGUAGUUGGCAAUCCCCGCGCAACUCUGUUUCUUGCCCGGUUACCACCUCACACUGAUAAGGAAGAAAUUCUAAAGAAAUUUUCAAAGUUUGGAACGAUUCGGAAUUGCCGACUUGUUAAUGACAUUGUCACAGGAGCUUUCAAGGGUUAUGCAUUUAUCGAGUUCAAGCACGAGAGAGAUGCUGUGUAUGCAUAUGGCAAAGCAAAGGGUCUUCUUAUCCAGGGGAAGGAGGUCCUUGUUGAUUAUGAGCAAGAGAGAAUUCUUCCAGGAUGGGUUCCACGACGUUUGGGUGGAGGUUUUGGUGGCAAGAAGGAAUCUGGGCAGCUGAGGUUCGGCUGUCGAGAUCGUCCAUUCCGAAAGCCCUACACAUUGUUGGAUGUCUAACAUUCGUGUUGGUUAACCUUCAGACUGCCAGGAAGAAGUCUGUGGAAGGAUUGUGUCUACAUUGAAGAGUCUACAUGAUCUCUCUUGUUCCCAUUAAUAUUGGGCAACUUGGAAAUUUUUGUUGAAUUUUGUGAAGCAGCUGUGAAGGUGAUAGUUUUGUGGUAUUUGCACAAGGAGUUGUUACUAAAUUGGUGCCAGUAUAGUGAAACAUUAUAAAAACACAUCACCCAGUUAAGUAGUCAUGUUUUGGAAAUCGUAACGCCAAGAAGAAGAAAAAAAAAAUGAUGAUGAUGGUGAUGAUGAUGAUUCUAUUAAGUUUUUAAACAUCUUAUUAGUCAUGAGUUGUGCUCUUUGAGCACUGUGUCAUAUUAUAACUUCAGUUAAAACAUAGUCGCCGCAUUGACAGAAGUGAUGGAAAAAGUUGGUUGUAGGAUUAGUAUGUAGAAGUAGUGAAAUGUGUUGUGGUAGAAUGACAGUGUUGGUGAUGUUUUAUUGUGUACCGGGGGGGGAGGGGGGGGGGGGGAAGAAGGGGUUACAUCAGAUGUUCUACAGAAACUUCCCAAAAUUUUAUCAGGACAUCUGCUCAUCAUCUUCAGGUAAUGAUACUUUGGUGUGCCUGCUGGUGGAAGGCUCCAAGACAGCACAUCAAUGUUACUGCUAAACACACAUUGCAAAAAGAAAAAUGGGGGAACAUGUACAUAGUGAUGGUUUUUAGCACAUACAUAACAGCACAUUUUGUUGAAAGUAAUGGAAAUAGUCUGUCAUGCGAGAAAUUGCAAAGUAUUGGACUUCCUGUUCCUUUUGUUAAUUCACUAGCCACUUUUGAUACAAUAUCAACAGGUGCAAGGUCAUUUACCAUGUCUUUUAGUUAAACUAUGUGUAGGGCGUUGUGUGGCCAGCAUUAUUGCUUUGAUAAUGCUGUCCCGGAAAGACGUAGCAGUAGCAAGGGUCAAGGGCCUUGCUGCAUUUGUGUGUUCAGCACUUUUUAUCCAGGAUUACCAGCUUUUUUUUAAAGCAGAGUUGGGACAUCCCUACACUGAAAAAGUGUGAUUUUUUUAACUAACAUCUCUAAGCCUAUAAUUUACACACACAGGUGUAAAAUUCAAACAUAUAUUGUACAAUUUGUGGUUUAUUUUCAAUCCUUAAAGUGUUAUGACAGCACAAAAGGUAUAAUCUAGGCAAGUUUGAAUUGCAGCAAAGUGCUGCAUAUUAUGUUCUUGAUAUUUCUGGUUGCUUUUCAACCUCCUUAGUAGGUCAUUCUCUUUUUCCCUGUUGAGAAACCAAUGGAAAUGCUGGCAUAGUAAUGACUAGUUGUCCUUCAUCAUUAAUUCAGCUUCUAAUGUGGUCAUUGACUAACAGUUCAGCAGCAUUAGGAUGAAAUACUGAUAACAUGAAACAGACAUCUGUAAACAGGUUCUUGUAGUUUGCAUGACAGUGAAAUUCUGCGCCAAUUUCUCAUUACUUCAGCUUAAAAAGGUUCUCUUUCUCUUGCUUUGGAAAAGUGCUUAAUUGCACACAUUCUUUGAACAUCAGAUCAUCAUCAACAUGAAAUUUGUAUUGACAUGUCCCUUCUAAUCUUCUACGUUAACAAAAAUGGUUUGAAAGCUUGGUUUACAUUUUCUCCAAAAUCAAAAUGUUUGUCAAUGCAGUCUAUAAUAGGAUGCAAGUAAUGAGCUGCACUCAGUAGUGCAGAAUGUUCAUUAUAAGUGUUCCAACAAUGUUCAUUAAAAGCUGAUAAAUGCCAAAUGCCAACAACAAGUCAUCUUUAGUUACAAUUUCUUUUUCUUUUCUUCUUCUUCUUCUUCUCUCUCUCUCUCUCUCUCUCUCUCUCUCUCUCUCUCUCUUUUUCUGCCACUUCAUUACUUUCACUGACUUAUGAUGAAUUCAUUUGUGAAAAUGUUUUUUGUUGUUGUGGUCUUCAGCUUGAUGCAGCUCUCCUUGCUAGUCUAUCCUUUGCAAACUUUUUCAUACCCAAAUAACUAUUUCAACCUCCAUCCAUUUGAAACUGCUUGCUGUAUUCAGCCCUUGGUCUUCCUCUGCAGUUUUUACCCUAGCCCCACUUCCCUCCAGUACUAAAUUGAUAAUACCUUGAUGUCUCAGAAUAUGUCCUAUCAAAUGACCCCUUCUUUUAGUCAGGUUGUGCUGCAAGUAUUUUUUCUCCUGAGUGCUGUUCAGUACCUUCUCAUUAUUUACACAAGCUACCCAUCUACUCUUUAGUAUUCAUUUCAAGCAACACUUAAAACACAAAAUAGAUACGGCUCAUCACUUGAUGGAUAAAGUGGUCCCAUCUCUGAGAUUUGUGGGGAGUAGCAUAGGAUGAUUCAAAGAAAUGGGGAAGUCCAUGUUCGUCAAUCCAUCCUCACUCAGCAUCUUUACAGUUGCACAAUUUAAGUGUUCGCAGAAUGUUGGUACAGGACUUCUAAUGCCACCUACAUGAGUUGCAGAUUGUCCAGGAACUGAAGUGCAGAAAUUGUGUUAUGUGAUGAGAAUUCUGUAAAUUAAUGCUUCAAAUGGUGAACGAGGACGAGGAGUUUACUAACAAACUGUGGAUGUCGGACAAAGCCCAUUUCCACCUCAGUGGAUUUGUUAACAAACAAAAUUUUAGAUACUGAUCACAAGACAAUCCUAUGAAGCUGCGCCUGCAUCCACUGCAUUGCACAGCAACAAAGCUACUGUGUGGUGUGUUGUGUCAUCAUAUGAUGCAAAAGCCCUUUUUUUUUUUUUUU